CUGCGAGCUCCCGUUCUAUCAUCUCCUCCGGUCGCCGUCCCCUCGCGCGAACCGUCCCACCGCAACCCUCUGCCACUGCACGCCGUCCGUCCCGAUCAUCCAAGACACGCAGCGCUGCUCGACCCAGCCCGCCGCUCAGCUUCGCCAUCGACGACUGAAAGGGCGUAAGCGUGGGCAGUGAACCGGUCCUCGGGCCACGCUGUGUGUUCACGCGACCGCAGCUCCAUCCACCGGGGCGUUGGUAAUCCGAGCCAGCGAUUCGCCCGCCGCCCACCAGCUCGCCCACCCUUCAUACGAGACCCGCGACACUGGCAAUCAUGGAUCUCUAGCGCGCGGUCCUUUCUCAGCGCGGAGACAAGGUUGGAUAUGGAUUUCACGCUGGCACUCGCCCACUUCUGCGAGGUUCACGGCCCGACCAGUAUCCUCUGCACACAGCUCAGCCCCGUCGACUGCGGCGCAUGUUUCCCUCCCGGCGUGUCGACGCCGCCCGGCAGCGACGAUGUCUCGCGGGAUCCGGCCGAAUUGGGCAGCGGCAGGACCACCACCAAUGUCGGUGUCGGCGUUGGCGCCGGCAGCAACAGCAGUGGUGCUGGACCCAUCUUCCACGGCCGGUCCGCGGCGCCGCUGCUCUCGCCGUUCGACUCUCCGCCUGCCAGCCCGCGAUCGAGCGGCGGUAACAUGUCUUCAUACAAUCCAUACUUCCCAGACCACCGAGCCGGCCUCCACAGCGCAAGGAGCUCGUCGAGCCGGUUCAGCGUCGGCGAAGAUCUGGACACGGAAUCGUGCGACAACUGCAUGUUCUUCGUGCCCAAACCGCUGAGCGAGCAGCUGCCGGAUGGCGCUCCCGGCAGCCCUACAAAGGACGGAAAAGGAUGGCAUGGAAGCCCCGUGCUGCGUACGACGCAUUCCAUCCUGGCGCUAGGAGCUCCGGUGGACGCUUUUGAGCGCCGGCAGCGCGACAAGAGUAAGGAGCGGCGGACGAGGACGAGCAGCAGUAGCAGCAGCAACAGCAGCAGCGUCGUCGCUGCGCCCAUGGACGAUGACGGCGACGACGACGACGACAUCCCCGACCCGCUUGCGACGUCGUCGUCUUCGACGCCUAGCACCCCCUCCGCAAUUUCGGGCACGUCGUCGCCAAACUACCCUCCCAACAGCCACACGCACAUGCUCACGUACGUGACGACCAAACAGCCGCUCUCGCAGACGUCGUAUUCGUUCCUCCGUCGCGCGUGCAUCCGCACGCUGUCGAACGAGACGCUACCCAAAGGCUCGCCGUCUGGACCUCUGUACUUUGGCGACCCGCACGCCGGGUACACGGUCGCCUACGUGUUCCGCGUUCCAGACCCGCGUGCCAGAGGAAAGCGCCGCAUCUAUGCGCUGCUUGCUCUGGGUGGCCGCGACAGCUGGCGUGUCAGCAAGGUGUAUGUCAAACUGACCAAGGUGUUCGAGUCGAUCGCCGGCCAAAUCGUCAGCAUGGCGGACCGCGUCAUUGAGCGGGAGCUCAGCCCGUCGCCCACAGACGGGGCCCUCGCACCUCUCACGCCGCCUUUGCUGAGCACAUCGCUGCCGUCCGCAACCGCUGAGCCAUUGAGUCUCGCCGCUGCGGCGUCCGCACGCGACCGCCCAGCAAAGAGCGCCACAACCAGCCCGACGACGAAGUACGCCCGCUUCAACAGCGCGAGCUCCUUCCUGACCGGCAAGCGCAUUGAUCCAGACGGCCACCCGCGCUUACCGCAGGACGUCAUGAAGGCGAAGAGCCUGGCCGAGAUCGUUGGCAACGAAAACUUCUUCGUAGAGCUGCACAUGAAGUUCUGCCUCGUGCUACACACGCUCGUCAAGGACUUUGCCUGAGCCCGCCUGCCCGCCCGCCUACGCACCCUCUACAUCUGGCUCUCGGCCUGGUGUUUCCGUCGGGAGAGCACCUUUACACACGGCACAAUGCUCGCCUGACACGCCUGUCCGCCCAACCACGCGAAGGUCGCGCGGCGAGCGUGCGGCAGCUGUAGUCGCUUUGUUACGCUUGGGAUCUUGGAGCGGUCCCCCC